AUGGUGGGCUGGAUGAGAAGCUCUGCUAUGCCUGGGAUACGCCACCCCACGAUAGCACCACUUACUGGCCCUGGGAGCCAGUCCUUCACAGGGGCAGCGGGAGCUCAGGCGGAGGCUGCGCAACUGCCACAAGCAGACAGCUACAAAAGCUGCGGAAGUGCGUCUGAGAGCUACUCGGCAGCGUAUUGGACUCCCUGGGACUGCUGCCGGUGUGCGGCGGAGACUCGAGAUGCCAUGCUAGAGAAGGUUGCUUAUGUUUUUGGACGAUACGCGCUCCUUGUGUACCGACACCCCUUCAAGGACGCCGACGAAUUUAGAAUGCUAUUUCAAGGGAAUGUAACGCGUAGUGAGGUUAUCCUAAUCGCGGCGAACGAUGGGCGCAGUAAUUUGCUAGAGAAGACCUUCCUUGAUGCGGUUUGGGACAUGCAUAUGCGAAUCUUAGAUAUCAGGGUAACCGAAGAAGACGACGGUGAUAUGCUUGCCAACGCAGCAGCCGAUGUUGCAGCGGUCGGAGAUACAAUAGAACUGCCCAAGCGUCGGUUACAGCAGCACACACCGCGCUUGCAGCAUGACGGGGAACUGGCCCCAGCCAGCGGCAGGCAUAUCCAAGAUCUCGCAGGGUGGGAGAGCGAGCAGCAGACCCUACCCAGGCGACUGGCAUGGGGAGACCCUGUUGCUGCUAUGCAGCAACACUUUGUGCAGGAGCAACUCAUGCAACAACAGAGGCAACAGCAAAUCCAGCAGCAGUGGCGGCAGACGGGAUGGCCAACGACGAGUGGCGGGCGCAGGCGCCGCGAGGCGAUGGCUCCACCUGCACAAUCAAGACGUCAGCCUCAAACGCAAAAUCAGCCGUUCUCGAUUCCUCCGUCUACACAAGAAGAAGUGUGCGACCCCGAGAAACAACUGCCUCGGCUUCGAAUUACCGGAUUGGGUUGUCUGCCUUCAUUAGGUCCUGGAGAAUAUGGAUUUCAAAAUCUCUGUCUGAAGGAUUCCACGGGGGCGUGCGAAGCCCCUGAUGGUGUCAUUUUUGUAUACGGCCACAGACGGUACGAAAACGUAUUCUGAUUAGGGGUGUUGCAAACAACCACCGCGCGGUGUUAGCAGCAACGAGACCUCUGUCACAGGACAUGCGAUGCACUGUACUGCAGCUCCAUUCUUCGAAAAGCCACAUCGAGCAGGUAUCAGAUAUCGGACGAUGCCAAACUGCGGCCAUACGCGUUGCGUUGGGAGCGGCGGCUCUUGCAUCUGCUAGAGCAAGAAACAUUGCCGGGAGCUCACAUAGGGCUUAAGACAGAAAGGAGCCUAUCUGACGAGCUGGCUGCGAGUUCCUCUGCAGGGCAGGGGGGGGAAGCCCUGAUGGUGGCUGCUGCAGGGUGUUUGAUUGGGGUGUACGUGUGGGUGGUGAAUUUUUCCCGGUCUCAUUUGCGAUCUAAAGCAACCGUUUCUCUGACAGGUGCAGCGGCCGCUCUCUUGGGGUUUCUGGGGGGGGCAGGAGUCUGUUACAUGUUUGGGGUGCUAAACACGGGAACUGUAGCAGCAGCACCGCUGCUUGUUGUUGGCAUAGGCGUGGAUGAUACGCUGGUUAUCCUGCAUUCUUACAGUCUCACGGUGCACAAGCGGUCCGCAGCAGAUAGAUUGCAGCUCACGCUGCGGGAUAGCGGCGUGGGGAUCACAAUAACGACCCUUACAAAUAUCACGACCUUUGGAAUCGGGGCAUUCAGUCCAUACCUCGCAAUUCAGAGUUUUUGCCUCAUCUGUUUAUGUGGGCUGUUCCUCGGGUAUGUCAUGUGUCUCACGUUUUUUCUGGGCUUCCUCGCGUUGGACGCAAAGGCAGAAGCAGCAGGCAAGGUAAUGGGCGUCUACAAAUGUUACCCCAUGGAGGUGAUGGCAGAUUCUGCGAGGCCUAAAGCAGGAGACGCUUCGAACCCCGGGAAUACCCAGCUGAACCAGCCAGUGAAGCAGCAACUCAAAAUGCCACUGGGAACCUUGAAAGCGUUACCAACGCUGCAGUACCUCGAUAAGACGAGGCUGCCCGGCGCGGACGCGUCAGCUUUGUCAGCUUGCGCCAGCGAUAUCUUCCAAUGCAUUACGAUGCAGGUAGAGGCAGCACUACACCAGCAGCAGCAGCAGCGUCUUAUCGAAGCAGAGACACGCCGCUUGCGGAAGCAGCAACCCUCGAAAAAGAAGCAGCCGAAAAAGGCUCCGAGAACGCGCAAGAAAGCCGCAGGAGGUACACGGGCUUCUGCUUCCAAAGGACGACGCAAAAAAGGGUGCAGAUCCAGCGACUCGGAGGUUUCAGAACGGGUGCCUGCGAGAACAAGAAGACAGCCCGCGCGGAAGGUCAAUCAAAAGAAGAAGUCUAUGGAAACGUUUUGGUCGGCGAGGGCCUCUGCUAGCCAGAAAAGCGGCAAAAAACUCAAUAGCCAGUAUGGCACCAGUACUAGCAGCCGCAGCUCUAUCAAAAAGGUACAGCAACGUCAAAAGCAAAAACGGGCGAAGGUCCUAAGGCCUGCGCUCAAGGGCCGAAAGCAGCAGAUACAGCCUGAAGAACCCUCCGGGGAGGGCAUAGGCUCGGUGCAGCAGAUCGCAUCCCAGCAAGUUGCAAAAGAAAGCGGCAUAGUGCCCACUCCGCUGCCGUUGUUGCUUUUAGAUGGCAAGGAGUCAAAAAUAAAUGCGGUGUCUGUACGACUGGCAAGGCCACGGGGCACCACCGUGCAUUUCUACAGGAAGACCUCCUCCACGGCUGCUGCGCAGGCUCCAAGCUCCACAUUGCCAAAGCCUCAGCUUUCGCAGCGAAGUAAUCAACAAGGUAGCGACUGGAAAGACCGAAUGGUGGUGAACCUUUGCUACGGCUCUGGGGCUGCUGUAGUCGCAGCAGCAGCUGAGGCAGCGGAAGCCGCCUUCAGCACGACAGGAAGGAGCUGGUCCGGAGAACGGAUAGCGCGUCUUCAGCUACUGCAACGCCUUGGGAGGGAUGGCCUUGUCGAGCCUCAGGGGAAUGUUGGCAAAGGCCUCCGAAAAAUACUUGUUCGAUUUGGCGCACGACUCCUCAUGAACCCCUUUUUCAAGUUGAUGCUGCUCCUCCUCUUCGCAGGAGUGCUCAUUACAGCGCUGAUUGGAUGCGCACAAAUACAGACUGGACUUGAUCCUCGAAGCCUUACCAAAGAGGGAACGAUGCUCAAAAGAUUCUUCGAUAUGCAAGAAGAGUACUUUGGAGUGCACGGAGAUCCAGUCAUGGUGUACUUUAGCCAUCCGGAAACCAUUUGCGGGGCCGCUUUUCGUGUUGAAUAUGGAAAGCUUCAUGAACGCUUGAAAUCACAGAAAUACACGAUGGAGGUUCACGACGGCCUGUCCAUGUUUCUGCAGUCGCCGCUCGCCCGAAACGUCCCGGAACAGAGUACCAUGACAUGCAUGCAAAUGCUGUAUGCGUGGCUUCAGACUCCCUUUGGCUCCAGUUUUGCCAGCUACUUUUCGUGGAGCAGUGGCUUCAGGCUACGUGCCUGGGCGCUUUUGCUGGUGCCCAAGUACUUUCCUAGCACGCAAGAAAACAGCAACUUCAUGCACACACUCCGAGACGACUUGGCACAAUUUCCUCUAUUGAAUGGGGCAGCGUAUAACAGGAACUUUGUGUACUUUGAAAGCGACGAUGCGAUCUUGCCGCAGACAAUUAGCAGCAUGGCCAGUGCAGGAUGCGCUGUUAUUGUGGUGUCGUUGUUCUUGUUGCCCUCACUCUGGGGAGCGCUUCUUGUUGUUGCAGUGUUGUUACUCAUCGACGUUGUGAUUUUGGGCUUUAUGGCUCUAUGGGGCCUUCCCCUCAACUUACUGACGAUGGUGAAUCUCACCAUUUCCAUAGGGUUUUCCGUGGACUAUGCAACACAUACAACCCACGCCUUCUGUCACUGCAUGGGCCAGAAGAGGGGCAUGCGGGCCUUUGAGGCGGUUUUGCUUGUCGGUAGUCCGUUGCUCCACGGUGCGAUCUCCACCCAACUUGCUGUAGUGCCUUUGGCAUUUAUUGACAGUCCUGUUCUUGACGUGUUUUUUAAAAUGACCACACUGGUGAUUAUCAUUGGAGUUACACAUGGGCUGAUGCUCCUACCAGUGCUGCUGUCCCUACUCGGCCCCCUUCAGCAGUCGCAACAGAAAUUCUUACAGCAACUAAUGGUGUUGCAAAAGCAAUACGAACAGCUAGAAGAUCAGAUCGUUGCACGUGGAGGCAGCAGAGCCAACCCAAAACUAAAACAACAACGUAGGGCCCUUCGGCGCCUCAUUGAACAGCAGCAACAACCACCCGAGACCGUCAGGGAUGCUUGUGUUGAAUUCGCCAGGGGCCUGUGUCCAAAUGAUCCAAAGAACCCUUUUUUACGGAACAGCCGCAUUCGCCUAUGGGUGCAAUCGCGGUGA